AUGCCCCCUGCGGGACUGCACGCCAGCCCAGGGGCAGGUGCUCCCGGCCGGCCAGCGUCUGCACUGUCCUGCCAGCAGUCAGCCUGGGAGCCACAUGUGCACAGCACUGGCCAAGUGCUGCUGGCGCUGGCUGCCUCUGGGGAGAGAGUCCAGGGUCGGAGCUGCGAGGGCUCCGGGCAGAGCACACGCUGGGAGUCCGGAGAGGGCCUGUGGCCACUCCUGGCUUCUCGUGUCGGGGUUGGGGGCCCCCUCCCCAGCAGCUCCUUUCUGUGCCUGCUGCCCUCAGCUGCCCCAGGAGUCCCCAGCUCUGUGGCUGCCUUGCUGACCCUGGCCUGGUGUGGUGGCCACGUGGACCAGGCAGGCAGCAGGAGGGAGCCGCCAGCCUGGGAUCUUCACUUCUGGGCAAGUUGGGAGGACGUCGGCCUCGUGUCUGGCCGGCAGCUGCAGCCCGGGGAGCCAGAUGCAGAGACCGAGGAGGACCACUCUGUGACUGAAGGGCCUGUGGACGAGACCAUUCGGCCACGGCCACAGGGGUCCUCACCUGUCUACGAAUACGCCACUGAGGGUACUGGCUUCGGACCCCCGGAAGACACGCCGAGCAGGCAAGCCUCCUCAGGGAGGCGGAGAUCCUGGUGGAAGCGAGAUUCAGGGGACUCACGGACAUUUUCCAGGAUGAGCCAUCCAGAGUCCAUGCAGGAGGCGACAGAAGUGACACUGAAGACCGAGGUGGAGGCUGGAGCCAGUGGCUACAGCGUCACUGGCGGUGGGGACCAGGGGAUCUUUGUCAAGCAAGUGCUAAAGGAUUCCUCGGCUGCCAAGCUCUUCAGCCUGAGAGAAGGGGACCAGCUGCUCAGCGCAACCGUAUUCUUUGACGACAUUAAAUAUGAAGAUGCUCUCAAAAUCCUCCAGUACUCAGAGCCGUACAAGGUUCAGUUCAAAAUCAGACGGAAACUUCCUGCCAGAGAGGAUGAGGCGUGGGCUUCUGGCGGUUUGCAGCGCGGCCCGCAGGGCAGUGAGAAGCAGGACGAGGAUGUCACUGAUGGGUCCACAGAGACCCCCACGAAGACGCUGGAAGGAGGUGGAGACCAAGAGAGACUCAUCUCAAAGCCCAGGGAGGGCAGAGGCAGGCGGCCCCAGAAGGAGAGGCUCUCCUGGCCCAAAUUCCAAACAAUAAAGAGCAAGCGUGGCCCAGGACCCCGAAGGUCACACAGCUCCUCUGAGGCCUAUGAGCGGGGGGACGUGCCUGAUGUGUCCCCCACGAGCACAGACACAGAGGCCCAGCUCCCAGCAGAGGAGCAGGAACAGAAGGCAGGGCCAGGUAGCCAGCGGAGGAGGAGGUUCCUGAACCUGAGAUUCAGGGUGGGCUCAGGGAAGGGCCUGUCACCGGUGGGGCGACCGGGCAGAGGGGCCCGGGGUGAAGCGGUCCAGGCUGGGGUCCUGGAGGAGACAAGACCCGGGGAUGACAGACGAGAGGACAUGGAGGCCGCUGCACACGUCAGGAGAGAGGACAGGACAGAAGAGGUACAAGAGGGGGUUCCUGCUCUGAGCCCACAGUGGCCCACAGAGCCUGGCCGCCCCAGAGAGGAAGCCAUGGGGGAAGGGACGAGCAUGGCACCCAGACACCCAAGGAAAACGAAGGAGGCACAGGUCCAGGAAGAGACAGUGCCUCAAGGGAAACUCGAGGCGGGUCCAGCCCUAGGACAGAAUGGGGAGGCCCAGAGAGAAGGAGUGCAGGGGCUGGAAAUUGGCAUUGCCAGGUUGUCUCUGAAAGACGUCGCAGAGGAAGACCAGACACAGAGCCGCCAACCAGAAUUCCACGUCCGAAUACCCAGUUUAAAGACACCCAAGUUUGGAUUUUCCAAAGAAAAAGCGCUAGGGACAGAAGAAAGCAUGAUCACCGUCCAGACAGGGCCCACGGAGCAGGAGGACACCCAGGGGGCCAGGGCAACCCCAGUGCCCCUGCCAGAACAGGAGAAACAAAAAGCAGAGGGGGACGCCGCUGGGCAGAGAGAAGAAGACACCAAGAGUGGGGACAAGGCUAUGGAGGGAAAGAUGAAAAUGUUGAAAUUCAAAAUGCCCUCCUUCGGGUGGUCACCAGUGAAGCAGCCAAGGUCAGAGGCAGUGAAACCACCACAGGGAGCAGAGGAGGAAAAAGGAACUGGCAUCACACUUGUGAAUGUGCGGACAGACGUGGGAGGCAUAGAUAUGCAAGGAGAAGACAGAGAGAAACACAGGGCAGAGACACACCCACCAGAAAUAAAAGGAGACAGUGAAGAGAGGAGGAGGAUGGAAGGCAUCGAAUCCCAGGGAGACAAGGUGGUGGCCGCCAGAGACAGGAAGUUCAAAAUGCCCAAGUUCAAGAUGCCGUCCUUCAGCGUCUCGGCACCAAGCAAGUCCACUGAGGCCACGGUGGACGUGUCCCUGCCCAAGGUACAGGCCGACAUCAAGACCGGAGACCUUGGCACACAGCUCCCAUCAGCCGAGUUGGAGGUCAAGACAGCUGAGGUGGGCGUGAAGCUCCCAGAGGGCAAAGUGCCUGAGGGACAGCUCCAGGAACCCACCACUGGAGCCGGACUCAAAGGGCACCAGCCCAAGGUGCAGAUCCCCAGCAUCAAGAAGCCCAAGGGGGACAUCAAGGCCCCCGAGGUGGACAUCAAGGGCCCCAGCGUGGACCUGAAAGGCCUCCAGGGGAAGGUGAGCGCCCCCAGUGUGGAGGUGUCUCUGCCCAGCGUGGAGGUGGACGCCCAGGUGCCGGACGCUAAGCUGGAGGGCGAUGUGUCCCUGGGAGACAAGGAGGUGGCCGCAAGAGACAGCAAGUUCAAAAUGCCCAAGUUCAAGAUGCCGUCCUUCAGCAUCUCGGCACCAAGCAAGUCCACUGAGGCCACGGUGGACGUGUCCCUGCCCAAGGUACAGGCCGACAUCAAGACCGGAGACCUCGGCACACAGCUCCCAUCAGCCGAGUUGGAAGUCAAGACAGCUGAGGUGUGCGUGAAGCUCCCGGAGGGCAAAGUGCCUGAGGGACAGCUCCAGGAACCCACCGCUGGAGCCGGACUCAAAGGGCACCAGCCCAAGGUGCAGAUCCCCAGCAUCAAGAAGCCCAAAGGGGACAUCAAGGCCCCCCAGGUAGACAUCAAGGGCCCCAGCGUGGACCUGAAAAGCCUCCAGGGGAAGGUGAGCGCCCCCGGUGUGGAGGUGUCGCUGCCCAGCAUGGAGGUGGACGCCCAGGUGCCGGACGCUAAGCUGGAGGGUGACGUGUCCCUGGGAGACAAGGAGGUGGCCGCCAGAGACAGCAAGUUCAAAAUGCCCAAGUUCAAGAUGCCGUCCUUUGGCCUGUCAGCACCAAGCAAGUCCGUCGAGACCUCGGCAGACAGGUCCCUGCCAGAGGUACAGGCCGACAUAUCCCGGCCCUCCAUUGAGGCGGAGGUCAAGACCGGAGACCUCAGCAUUGAGCUCCCAUCGGCCGAGCUGAAGGUCAAGACAGCCCAGGUGGGCGGGAAGCUCCCAGAGGGCCAAGUGACCGAGGGAGAGCUCCCAGAACCCGCCACAGGAACCGGACUCAAAGGGCACCUGCCCAAGGUGCAGAUGCCCAGCAUUCAGUUGCCCAAGGUGGACAUCAAGGCCCCCGAGGUGGACGUGAAGGGUGCCAAACUGGACCUGAAGGGCGCCAAAGCGGAGGUGACAGCACCCGGCGUGGAGGUGUCUCUGUCCAGCAUGGAGGUGGAUGCCAAGGUGCCCGAUGCCAAGCUCGAGGGCAGCAUCACCCCGGGAGACAAGGAGGUGGCCGCCAGAGACAGCAAGUUCACAAUGCCCAAAUUCAAGAUGCCGUCCUUUGGCCUGUCAGCACCAAGCAAGUCUGUCGAGACCUCGGCAGACGUGUCCCUGCCAGAGGUACAGGCCGACAUAUCCCGGCCCUCCAUUGAGGUGGACAUCAAGACUGGAGACCUCAGCAUUGAGCUCCCAUUGGCCGAGCUGAAGGUCAAGACAGCCCAGGUGGGCGGGAAGCUCCCAGAGGGCCAAGUGACCGAGGGAGAGCUCCCGGAACCCGCCACAGGAACUGGACUCAAAGGGCACCUGCCCAAGGUGCAGAUGCCCAGCAUCCAGAUGCCCAAGGUGGACAUCAAGGCCCCCGAGGUGGACGUGAAGGGUGCCAAACUGGACCUGAAGGGCGCCAAGGCGGCGGUGACCGCCCCCACCGUGGAGGUGUCUCUGCGCAGCGUGGAGGUGGAUGCCAAGGUGCCUGAUGCCAAGCUCGAGGGCAGCGUCACCCCGGGAGACAAGGAGGUGGCCGCCAGAGACAGCAAGUUCAAAAUGCCCAAGUUCAAGAUGCCGUCCUUCAGUGUGUCAGCUCCACGCAAGGAUCUGGGAACAUCUGUGGACGUGCCUGUGCCCAAGGUCGGAGGGGAGGUGACCCUGCCCUCUGUGGGAGGAGAGAUCACAGCCCCAGAGGGCAGUGUCCAGCUAUCAUCUGCUGACAUCCACCUGCCAGGGGCAGAGCUGGAGGUGGCCCUGCCUGAGGGAGAGGUGACAGUGGCCGAGCUGAAGGGGAAAGCAGAAGGGGCCAGGAUCGAGGGCCACCUGCCGAAGGUGCAGAUGCCCAGCGUCAAGAUGCCCAAGGUGGACAUCAAGGCCCCCCAGGUGGACAUCAAGGGCCCCAGCAUGGACAUGAAAGGCCUCCAGGGGGAGGUAAGCACCCCCGGCGUGGAGGUGUCUCUGCCCAGUAUCGAGGUGGACGCCGAGGUGCCAGGCGCCAAGCUGGAGGGCGACGUGUCCCUGGGAGACAAGGAGGUGGCUGCCAGAGACAGCAAGUUCAAAAUGCCGAAGUUCAAGAUGCCGUCUUUCGGCCUGUCGGCAUCAAGCAAGUCUGUCGAGACCUCGGCGGAUGUGUCCCUGCCAGAGGUCCAGGCCGACAUAUCCCGGCCCUCCAUUGAGGCGGACGUCAAGACCGGAGACCUCAGCGUUGAGCUCCCAUUGGCUGAGCUGAAGGUCAAGACAGCCCAGGUGGGCAGGAAGCUCCCAGAGGGCCAAGUGACCGAGAGAGAGCCUCCGGAACCCGCUGCAGGAACCGGACUCAAAGGGCACCUGCCCAAGGUGCAGAUGCCCAGCAUCCAGAUGCCCAAGGUGGACAUCAUGGCCCCCGAGGUGGACGUGAAGGGCGCCAAACUGGACCUGAAGGACGCCAAGGCGGAGGUGACCGCCCCCACCGUGGAGGUGUCUCUGCGCAGCGUGGAGCUGGAUGCCAAGAUCCUGGGUGCCAAGCUGGAGGGCGAUGUGACCCUGGGGGACAAGGAGGUGGCCGCCAGAGACAGCAAGCUCAGAAUGCCCAAGUUCAAGAUGCCGUCCUUCAGCGUGUUGGCGCCAGGCAAGUCCGUCGAUGCCUUGGCGGACGUGUCCCUGCCCAAGGUACAGGCUGACGUCAAGACUGGAGAACUCAGCAUUGAGCUGCCAUUGGCCGAGCUGGAGGUCAAGACAGCCCAGGUGGAUGUGGAGCUCCCGGAGGGCCAAGUGCCCGAAGCGGCCAGGAUCGAGGGCCACCUGCCGAAGGUGCAGAUGCCCAGCGUCAAGAUGCCCAGGGUGGACAUCAAGGCCCCCCAGGUGGACGUCAAGGGCCCCAGCGUGGACCUGAAAGGCCUCCAGGGGGAGGUAAGCACCCCCGGUGUGGAGGUGUCUCUGCCCAGCGUCGAGGUGGACGCCGAGGUGCCAGGCGCCAAGCUGGAGGGCGACGUGUCCCUGGGAGACAAGGAGGUGGCUGCCAGAGACAGCAAGUUCAAAAUUCCGAAGUUCAAGAUGCCGUCUUUCGGCCGGUCAGCACCAAGCAAGUCCGUCGAGGCCUCGGUGGAUGUGUCCCUGGCAAAGGUGCAGGCCGACAUAUCCCGGCCCUCCAUUGAGGCGGACGUCAAGACCGGAGACCUCAGCGUUGAGCUCCCAUCGGCCGAGCUGGAGGUCAAGACAGCCCAGGUUGACGGGAAGCUCCCGGAGGGCCAAGUGACUGAGGGAGAGCUCCCGGAACGCGCCGCAGCCGGACUCAAAGGCCACCUGCCCAAGGUGCCGAUGCCCAGCAUCAAGAUGCCCAAGGUGGACAUCAAGGCCCCCGAGGUGGACAUCAAGGGUGCCAAACAGGACCUGAAGGACGCCAAAGUGGAAGUGACAGUCUCUGGCGUGGAGGUGUCUGUGCCCAGCUUAGAGGUGGACACGCAGGUGCCGGGCGCCGAGCUCGAGGGCGACGUUUCCCUGGGAGACAAGGAGGUAGCCGCCAGAGACAGCAAGUUCAAAAUGCCCAAGUUCAAGAUUCCGUCCUUAGGCGUGUCUGCCCCACGGAAGGAUCUGGGAACAUCCGUGGACAUGCCCAUGCCCAAGGGCGGAGGGGAGGUGACCCUGCCCACUGUGGGUGGAGAUAUCACAGCCCCGGAGGGGAGCGUCCAGCUGCCAUCUGCUGAUAUCCACCUCCCAGGGGGAGAGCGGGAGGUGGCCGUGCCCGAGGGAGAGGAGUCGGUGGCUGAGCUGAAGUGCAAAGCAGAAGGGGCCGGGAUCAAGGGCCACCUGCCAAAGGUGCAGGUGCCCAGUGUGACGAUGCCCAAGGUGGACAUCAAGGCCCCCCAGGAGGACAUCAAGGGCCCCAGCGUGGACCUGAAAGGCCUCCAGGAGGAGGGGAGCGCCCCCGGCGUGGAGGUGUCCCUGCCCAGCAUGGAGGUGGAUGCCAAGAUGCUGGGCACCAAGCUGGAGGGCGACGUGAUCCUGGGGGACAAGGAGGUGGCCGCCAGAGACAGCAAGCUCAGAAUGCCCAAGUUCAAGAUGCCGUCCUUUGGCGUGUCGGCGCCAGGCAAGUCUGUCGAGUCCUUGGCAGAUGUGUCCCUGCCCAAGGUACAGGCUGAUGUCAAGACUGGAGACCUCAGCAUUGAGCUGCCAUCCUCUGAGCUGGAGGUCAAGACAGCCCAGGUGGGCGGGAAGCUCCCAGAGGGCCAAGUGACCGAGGGAGAGCUCCCAGAAGCUGCCGCAGGUGCCGGACUCAAAGGGCAAAUGCCCAAGGUGCAGAUGCCCAGCAUCCAGAUGCCCAAGGUGGACAUCAAGGCCCCCGAGGUGGACGUCAAAGGCGCCAAAUUUGACCUGGAGGGCGCCACGGGAGAGGUGACCGCCCCCAGCGUGGAUGUGUCUCUGCACAGCAUGGCGUUGGAUGCCAAGAUGCUAGGCUCCAAGCUGGAGGGCGAUGUGACCCUGGGGGACAAGGAGGUGGCCGCCACAGACAGCAAGUUCAAAAUACCCAAGUUGAAGAUGCCGUCCUUCGGCCUGUCGGCACCAAGCAAGUCCGUUGAGGCCUCGGCAGACGUGUCCCUUGCAAAGGUGCAGGCCGACAUGUCCCGGCCCUCCACCGAGGCGGACGUCAAGACCGGAGACCUCAGCGUUGAGCUCCCAUUAGCUGAGCUGGAGGUCAAGACAGCCCAGGUGGGCGGGAAGGUCCCAGAGGGCCAAGUGACCGAGGGAGAGCUCCCGGAACGCGCCGCAGCCGGACUCAAAGGCCACCUGCCCAAGGUGCAGAUGCCCAGCAUCAAGACGCCCAAGGUGCACGUCAAGGCCCCCGAGGUGGACCUCAAGGUCGCCAAACUGGACCUGAAGGGCGCCAAGGCGGAGGUGACCGCCCCCAGCGUGGAGGUGUCUCUGUGUAGUGUGGAGGUGGAUGCCAAGAUGCUGGGCACCAAGCUGGAGGGCGACGUGACCCUGGGGGACAAGGAGGUGGCCGCCAGAGACAGCAAGCUCAGAAUGCCCAAGUUCAAGAUGCCGUCCUUCGGCGUGUCGGUGCCAGGCAAGUCCGUCGAGUCCUUGGCGGACGUGUCCCUGCCCAAGGUACAGGCCGACGUCAAAACCGGAGACCUCACUAUUGAGCUGCCAUCGGCCAAGCUGGAGGUCAAGACAGCCCAGGUUGGCGGGGAGCGCCCGGAGGGCCAAGUGACCAAGGGAGAGCUCCCGGAACGAGCCGCCGCCGGACUCAAAGGCCACCUGCCCAAGGUGCAGAUGCCCCAUAUCACGAUGCCCAAGGUGGACAUCAAGGCCCCCGAGGUGGACAUCAAGGGCACCAAACUGGACCUGAAGGGCGCCAAAGUAGAAGUGACAGUCCCUGGUGUAGAGGUGUCUGUGCCCAGCUUAGAGGUGGACACGCAGGUGCCAGGUGCCAAGCUUGAGGGCGCCCGGGAGGGUGACGUGUCCCUGGGAGACAAGGAGGUGGCCGCCACAGACAAGAACUUCAAAAUGCCCAAGUCCAAGAUGCCGUCCUUCGGGCUGUCAGCGCCAAGCAAAUCAGUCGAGGCAUCAGCAGACGUGUCCCUGCCUUCCAUCCAGGCUGACAUCAAGACCGGAGACCUCAGCGUUGAGCUCCCAUCUGCCGAGCUGGAGGUCAAGACAGCCCCGGUGGGCGUGGAGCUCCCGGAAGGCCAAAUGCCCGAGGGACAGCUCCAGGAACUCGGCACUGGAGCCGGAAUCAAAGGGCACCAGCCCAAGGUGCAGAUGCCCAGCAUCAAGAAGCCCAAGGGGGACAUCAAGGCCCCCCAGGUGGACAUCAAGGGCACCAGUGUGGACCUGAAAGGCAUCCAGGCGAAGGUGAGCGCCCCCGGUCUGGAGGUGUCUCUGUCCAGCGUGGAGGUGGAUACCCAGGUGCCGGGCGCCAAGCUGGAGGGCGACGCGUCCCUGGGAGACAAGGAGAUGGCCGCCACAGACAGCAAGUUCAAAAUGCCCAAGUUCAAGAUGCCAUCCUUUGGGCUGUCGGCACCAAGCAAGUCCGUCGAGACCUCGGCAGACGUGUCCCUUCCAAAGGUCCAGGCUGACGUGUCCCGGCCCUCCAUCGAGGCUGACGUCAAGACCGGAGACCUCAGCGUUGAGCUGUCAUCGGCCGAGCUGGAGGUCAAGUCGGCCCAGGUGGGCGGGAAGCUCCCAGAGGGCCAAGUGACGGAGGGAGAGCUCCCAGAACCCGCCGCAGGAGCCGGACUCAAAGGGCAAAUGCCCAAGGUGCCGAUGCCCAGCAUCCAGAUGCCCAAGGUGGACAUCAAGGCCUCCGAGGUGGACGUCAAAGGCGCCAAACUUAACCUGGAGGGCGCCAAGGCAGAGGUGACCGCUCCCAGCGUGGAGGUGUCUCUGCGCAGCGUGGAGGUGGAUGCCAAGGUGCCUGAUGCCAAGCUCGAGGGCAGCGUCACCCCGGGAGACAAGGAGGUGGCCGCCAGAGACAGCAAGUUCAAAAUGCCCAAGUUCAAGAUGCCGUCCUUCAGCGUGUCGGCCCCACGCAAGGAUCUGGGAAUAUCCGUGGACGUGCCCAUGCCCAAGGUCGGAGGGGAGGCGACCCUGCCGUCUGUGGGAGGAGAGAUCACAGCCCCGGAGGGCAGCGUCCAGCUGUCAUCUGCUGAUAUCCACCUGCCAGGGGCAGAGCUGGAGGUGGCCCUGCCUGAGGGAGAGGUGACAGUGGCCGAGCUGAAGGGGAAAGCAGAAGGGGUCUGGAUCGAGGGCCACCAGCCAAAGGUGCAAAUGCCCAGCAUCAAGACGCCCAAGGUGGACAUCAAGGCCCCCCAGUUGGACAUCAAGGGCCCCAGCGUGGACCAGAAAGGCCUCCAGGGAGAGGUGAGCGCCCCCGGCGUGGCGAUGUCUCUGCCCAGUGUGGAGGUGGACGCUCAGGUGCCGGGCGCCAAGCUGGAGGGGGACCCGUCCCUGGGAGACAAGGAUGUGGCUGCCAGAGACAGCAAUUUCAAAAUGCCCAUGUUCACGAUGCCAUCCUUCGGCCUGUCGGCACCAAGCAAGUCCGUCGAGGCCUCGGAGGACGUUUCCCUGGCAAAGGUCCAGGCCGACAUGUCCCUGUCCUCAAUCCAGUCCGACGUCAAGACCGGAGACCUCAUCCUUGAGCUCCCAUUGGCCAAGCUGGAGGUCACAACAGCCCAGGGGGGUGGGAAGCUCCCGGAGGGCCAAGUGACCGAUGGAGAGCUCCCGGAACUCGCUGCAGCCGGACUCAAAGGCCACCUGCCCAAGGUGCAGAUGCCCAGCAUCCAGAUGCCCAAGGUGGACAUCAAGGCCCCCGAGGUGGACGUCAAGGGCGCCAAACUGGACCUGAAGGGCACCAAAGCAGAGGUGAGCGCCCCCGAGGUGGAGGUUUCUCUGCCCAGUGUGGAGGUGGGUGCCAAGGUGCCAGGCACCAAGCUCGAGGGCGACGACACCCCUGGAGAUAAGGAGGUGGCCGCCGGAGACAGCAAGUUCAAAAUGCCCAAGUUCAAGAUGCCGUCCUUCAGCGUGUCUGCCCCACGCAAGGAUCUGGGAACAUCCGUGCACGUGCCCAUGCCCAAGGUCAGAGGGGAGGCGACCCUGCCCUCUGUGGGAGGAGAGAUCACAGCCCCGGAGGGCAGCAUCCAGCUGUCAUCGGCUGAUAUCCAUCUGCCAGGGGCAGAGCUGGAGGUGGCCCUGCCCGAGGGAGAGGUGGCAGUGGCCGAGCUGAAGGGGAAAGCAGAAGGGGCCAGGAUCAAGGGCCACCUGCCAAAGGUGCAGAUGCCCAGCAUCAAGAUGCCCAAGGUGGACAUCAAGGCCCCCCAGUUGGACAUCAAGGGCCCCUGCGUGGACCUGAAAGGCCUCCAUGGGGAGGUGAGCGCCCCCGGCGUGGAGGUAUCUCUGCCCAGUGUGGAGGUGGACGCUCAGGUGCCGGGCGCCAAGCUGGAGGGCGACGUGUCCCUGGGAGACAAGGAGGUGGCUGCCAGAGACAGCAAGUUCAAAAUGCCCAAGUUCAAGAUGCCGUCCUUCGGCCUGUCAGCACCAAGCAAGUCUGUCGAGGCCUCGGAGGACGUGUCCCUGGCAAAGGUCCAGGCCGACAUGUCGCUGCCCUCAAUCCAGGCCGACGUCAAGACCGGAGACCUCUGCAUUGAGCUCCCAUUGGCCGAGCUGCAGGUGAAGACAGCCCAGGUUGGCGGGAAGCUCCCGGAGGGCCAAGUGACCGAGGGAGAGCUCCCGGAAGGUACUGCAGCUGGACUCAAAGGGCACCUGCCCAAGAUGCAGAUGCCCAGCAUCCAGAUGCCCAUGGUGGACAUCAAGGCCCCCGAGGUGGACGUCAAGAGCGCCAAACUGGACCUGAAGGGCGCCAAAGCGGAGGUGAGCACCCCCGAGGUGGAGGUUUCUCUGCCCAGCGUGGACGUGGAUGCCAAGGUGCCGGGCGCCAAGCUCGAAGGCGACGACACCCCUGGAGAAAAGGAGGUGGCCGCUAGAGACAGCAAAUUCAAAAUGCCCAAGUUCAAGAUGCCCUCCUUCGCCGUGUCUGCCCCACGGAAGGAUCUGGGAACAUCAGUGGACGUACCUGUGUCCAAGGUCGGAGGGGAGGCUACCCUGCCCGACAUGGGAGGAGAGAUCACAGCCCCGGAGAGCAGCGUCCAGCUGUCAUCUGCUCAUAUCCACCUGCCAGGGACAGAACUUGAGGUGGCCCUGACCGAGGGGGAGGUGGCAGUGACCGAGCUGAAGGGGAAAGCAGAAGGGGCCAGGAUCAAGGGCCACCUGCCAAAGGUGCAGAUGCCCAGCAUCAAGAAGCCCAAGGUGGACAUCAAGGCCCCCCAGGUGGACAUCAAGGGCCCCAGCGUCGACCUGAAAGGCCUCCAGGGGAAGGUGAGCACCCCCGGUGUGGAGGUGUCUCUGCCCAGCGUGGAGGUGGAUGCCCAGGUGCCGGACACCAAACUGGAGGGCGAUGUGUCCCUGGGAGACAAGGAGGUGGCCGCCGCAGACAGCAAGUUCAAAAUGCCCAAGUUCAAGAUGCCGUCCUUUGGGCUGUCGGCACCAAGCAAGUCCGUCGAGACCUCGGCAGACGUGUCCCUGCCAAAGGUCCAGGCUUACAUGUCCCGACCCUCCAUCGAAGCCGACGUCAAGACCGGAGACCUCAGUGUUGAGUUCCCAUCGGCCGAGCUGGAGGUCAAGACAGCCCAGGUUGGCGGGAAGCUCCCAGAGGGCCAAGUGACCGAGGGAGAGCUCCCGGAUCCAGCCGCUGGAGCCGGACUACAAGGGCACCUGCCCAAGGUGCAGAUGCCCAGCAUCAAGAUGCCCAAGGUGGACAUCAAGGCCCCCCAGGUGGACGUCAAGGGCGCGAAACUUGACCUGAAGGGCCCCAAAGUGGAAGUGACAGCCCCCGGUGUGGGGGUGUCUGUGCCCAGCUUAGAGGUGGACACGCAGUUGCCGGGCGCCAAGUUUGAGGGUGACAUGUCCCUGGGAGACAAGGAGGUAGCCGCAAGAGACAGCAAGUUCAAAAUGCCCAAGUUCAAGAUGCCGUCCUUCGGCGUGUCUGCCCCACGCAAGCAUCUGGGAACAUCCGUGGAUGUGCCCAUACCCAAGGUCGGAGAGGAGGGGACCCUGCCCUCUGUGGGUGGAGAGAUCACAGCCCCGGACGGGAUCGUCCAGCUGCCAUCUGCUGAUAUCCACCUGUCAGGGGCAGAGCUGGAGGUGGCCCUGCCCGAGGGAGAGGUGGCAGUGGCCGAGCUGAAGGGCAAAGCAGAAGGGGCCUGGAUCAAGGGCCACCUGCAAAAGGUGCAGAUGCCCAGCGUCAAGAUGCCCAAGGUGGACAUCAAGGCCCCCCCGGUGGACAUCAAGGGCCCCAGCGUGGACCUGAAAGGCCUCCAGGGGGAGGGGAGCGCCCCCUGCGUGCAGGUGUCUCUGCCCAGCGUGGAGGUGGACGCCCAGGUGCCGGGCGCCAAGCUGGAGGGCGACGUGUCCCUGGGAGACAAGGAGGUGGCCACCACAGACAGGAAGUUCAAAAUGCCCAAGUCCAAGAUGCCGUCCUUGGGGCUGUCGGCACCAAGCAAAUCAGUCGAGGCAUCAGCAGACGUGUCCCUGCCAAAGGUACAGGCUGACGUGUCCCUGCCCUCCAUCCAGGCUGACGUCAAGACCGGAGACCUCAGCGUUGAGCUCCCAUCUGCCGAGCUGGAGGUCAAGACAGCCCAGGUGGGCGUGAAGCUCCCGGAGGGCCAACUCCCAGAACCCGCCACAGGAGCCGGACUCAAAGGGCACCUGCCCAAGGUGCUGAUGCCCAGCAUCAAGAAGCCCAAGGGGGACAUCAAGGCCCCCCAGGUAGACAUCAAGGGCCCCAGUGUGGACCUGAAAGGCCUCCAGGGGAAGGUGAGCGCCCCCGGUGUGGAGGUGUCUCUGCCCAGCGUGGAGGUGGACGCCCAGGUGCCGGGCGCCAAACUAGAGGGCGACGUGUCCCUGGGAGACAAGCAGGUGGCCGCGGACAGCAAGUUCAAAAUGCCCAAGUUCAAGAUGCCAUCCUUUGGGCUCUCGGCACCAAGCAAAUCCGUCGAGGCAUCAGCAGACGUGUCUCUGCCAAAGGUCCAGGCUGACGUGUCCCGGUCCUCUAUCGAAGCCGACGUCAAGACUGGAGACCUCAGUGUUGAGCUCCCAUCAGCCGAGCUGGAGGUCAAGACAGCCCAGGUGGGCCGGAAGCUCCCGGAGGGCCAAGUGCCCGAGGGAGAGCUCCCGGAACCCGCCACUGGAGCCGGAUUCAAAGGGCACCUGCCCAAGGUGCUGAUGCCCAGCAUCAAGAUGCCCAUGGUGGACAUCAAGGCCCCCCAGGUGGACAUCAAAGGUGCCAAAGUGGACCUGAAGGGCAGCAAACGGGAGGUGACUGCCCCCAAAGUGGAGGUGUCUUUGCCCAGCGUGGAGAUGGACACUCAGGUGCCGGGUGCCAAGCUCGAGGGCGACGUGUCCCUGGGAGAUAAGGAGGUUGCCGCCAGAGACAGCAAGUUCAAAAUGCCCAAGUUCAAGAUGCCGUCCUUCGGCCUGUCGGCACCAGGCCAGCCCGUCGACACCUCGGCGGACGUGUCCCUGCCCAAGGUACAGGCCGACAUCAAGACCGGAGACCUCACCAUUGAGCUCCCAUCGGCCGAGCUGGAGGUCAAGACAGCCCAGGUGGGCGUGAAGCUCCCGGAGGGCCAAAUGCCUGAGGGAGAGCUCCAGGAAUCCACCACUGGAGCUGGAUUCAAAGGGCACCUGCCCAAGGUGCAGAUGCCCAGCAUGAAAAUGCCCAAGGAGGACACCAAGGCCCCCCAGCUGGACAUCAAGGGGCCCAAAAUGGACGUGAAGAGCGCCCAAGUGGAGGUGAGCACCCCCGGGGUGGAGGUGUCUCUGCCCAGUGUGCAGGUCGACGCCGAGCUGCCAGAUGCCAAGGUGUCGGGCGCCAAGCUGGAGGGCAACGUGUCCCUGAGAGACAAGGAGGUGGCCGCUAGAGACAGCAAGUUCGGAAUGCCUAAAGUCAGCAUGUCCUUUUUUAGUCCGCCAUCCAAGGUUGGUGGGGGCGGGUCAUGUGGGGAGCCUUCCCUGCAGGUGCCCAGACUAGCCUGGCCUGGUUUUCCUUUAGCCAAGCUUGAUCUCACUGGUCUUCAAAUGGAAACCUCUACCCUCACUCUGUGCGAGGGCGUCACACUUACAAAAUACCAGGUGACAGUCCCCCAAGCCGCCAUCCCUGUGGAGCUGCCUCAGGAAACCCUCUCUGGGUCCCAGGUCGACGCUCACCUUCCCAGCACAGAAAGCUGUGCAGAUCCCCCUCGUGGUGAGCGAGUUCCAUUGUCCCAAACUGACCAUCACCCUGGCCCAGUGGAACCCCUGUUUCCUGCAUCUUAUGGGCAGGUGAGUUUUCCUAUAUUUCAUCGACCAAAGUUCGGGUUUUCAGUCCCGAAGGCAGCAGAGGCUGAGGUGGAGCCCCGUGCUGCGGAGCACGCCCCUGCCCUGUCUCCUCCUAGCCCUGCGUGGGGACUGGACUCCUCGGCCAAGGAAGCCACUGUGUUCCCUAUGCCAGGCACUCACCUGCCAUCCACAGGUGUCUCCAUGUCCAAGGGGCCAGAGGGACCCCAGGACACCAUGGAGGCGCCAGCAAUAGCCCCAGCUGAAGCCCCAGGUGAAGAAGCCGACCGUGAAGGCAAAAGCAGUCCUUUAAAAAGGCAGAAGUUCAAGCUUCCGUCCCUUAGGUGGUCCCCAAAGAAGGGGGCAGGGCCCAAAGGGGACCCUGGACAUAGCCUGGAAGACGCCAAGCUCAGCGUAGCCGUAGACGUGGGCCCGACGGGUGUCCCGCCCGAGGUACAUGUUCCAGAAAUGGAAGUGCACGUGGAUGUGCCUCCUGGGAAGGACGGAGAGAAGGGAAGGGUCCAGACACCUUUUAAGGCUUCUAAGGGAGGGGCCGGCCUGCCACAAGGCGGCCCAGAUCCCUCUCUCUCUAAUUCCCCCACAGAGGGUGACCCUCACGCCACAGUGAGGGCCAGCGGUGAGGGUGUUGGGGGCAUUGGUGCAAUGGUGGGCCCCCCAACAGAAGCCCCCCUCCAGCCAUCCUGUAGGGCACCAGAUGGCAUGGCAGAAAGGCCAGAGGGGGACGCCGCCGCGGGAGAAGUGCAGACGGGAUCGCAGGAGAGCUGGUUUAGAAUGCCCGCGCUCCGCCUGCCCGUCUUCCGGCGCUCCGCCAAGGAGAAAAGUGGGGCUGGGGGCCCGGGGGCGCAGACACCCGCGCCUGCUGCUAGCACGCCAGCACCAGCCACAGUCAAGAGUCAGGGGGCCCACGUUUCUGGGUCAGAGGUGGAGCCUACGACGUCCUUGCAGUCCCCAGAGGCAGACGCAGACACGACGGCUGCGGAGAGUGCGUCCUACGCAGAUGUUCUAAGGCGAAAUCUUGACGAGAAAGGCUUGAAGCUGCACCUCCCUCCUGACGGCUCGUCCACCGCUGAGCUUUCCACUCCAGAGGCCACGGGCCGUCCCACUGAAGGCUCUCUCCCCCUUCAGGUGCUCAGCGGUGGGAGACUGUCAGAAACCCAAGCUGCUCUGGGAGAAGUGGGCAAGACUCCCCUCCCUGGGCCAGCAGGACCUGCCGGAGAGGGAGAGAGAACAGAGGACCAGCCUUCCUGUCCCGAAGGCCCUCUGAAACUGAAGGCCUCAAGUACUGACAUGCCAUCUCAGGUUUCCGUGGUCACCAUGGGUCAGCUCUGGGAAGACUCUGUGCUAACUGUCAAGUUCCCCAAGUUAGAGGUCCCGAGAUUCUCCUUCCCCACGUGCAGCUCUGAGGCCGAUGUUUUUGUCCCCACCGUGAGAGCGGUGCAGUGCUCUGAGAGCAGCCUCGACAUCGCCCUGAGUCAGGAAAGCCCUGGAGUCUGGGGUGCGAGCAUCCUGAAGACAGGCGCUGGGGUCCCUGGGGAGCAGCCUGUGGCCCUUGACCCCUCCUUGGAAGCUUCCCCCAUUUCUAAGGUCAGAGUGCGCAUUCAAGGUGCUCGGGUUGGGAGCCAAGAGGUCACCAUCCACAGCAGGGUGACAGCAGAGUUUGCUGACCUCUCGGGACCUGAGGCUAUUUCCACUCAGAUUGUGCGGGAAUCAGAGAUCGCUGCGUCCGAGAUCCAAACGCCUUCUUACGGAUUUUCCUUGCUAAAGGGGAAGGGUCCAGAGCCCCCCACACAGGCUGGGGUGCACACGGUAACUCAAGACUCUCAGCCGAGGGAGGAUCUGCAAGAGGCUCCCCAACAAGUUGCCCCAGGAGCAGACCCCAUUGCUGGAGACCUCCAGCCCGAUACUGGAGAACCAUUUGAAAUCAUCUCUUCCAGCGUCAGCGUGCCUGGACCACAAACGUGUACGUUUGAAGUUCACUCUGGCCACCAGUUUGCAGACAGCUGUUCCGACGAGGAGCCCGCGGAAAUUCUCGAAUUUCCCCCUGAAGAUAGCCGAGAGGCAGCCGCAGAUGAAGACAGGGCUCCGAACGAGAAGCCCGAAAGUAAAAGAUCUUCUGGUCUGUUCAGGUUUUGGCUUCCAAAUAUCGGAUUUUCUUCUUCCGUCGACGAGACCAGCGCCGAAUCCAAAGGCGAAGUUCUGAAAUCUGCCCCCAUCCAGACGCAGCCCGAGGCUCGGCCGGAGGCAGAACCGCCUGAAAAACAGGAGAAGGCGGGCUGGUUUCGAUUUCCCAAAUUAGGGUUCUCCUCGUCUCCUACCAAGAAAAGCAAAACCUCUAAGGAUGAGGCAAGUCCGGCAGAGCAGAAAGUCCAGGAAGAAGCAGUCACCUUUUUCGAUGCCCGAGAAAGCUUCUCCCCCGAGGAGGAGGACGGCGGACUGGCAGAGGCUGCGGGCGCCGGGCCAGGCUCCGGAGCGAUGGUGUCCUCGUCGGCAAGAACCGAGUUAAUCCUGCUGGAGCAGGACAAAGAAGCCAGCGACGAAUCCACACCCGGGCCCGCCACCAAAUGAGUCACACUGGAUGGUGUGACUUUUCGGCGGAGGACGUGUGCAAGCGAAGUU